UGGGCCAAAAACGUCAACCACACUGACAGCUACCAAUUUUGCUUUUGUGCUAAUCGGGCCGAACAAAAAAAGAAAAACUCCGAGCAAAGGAAAAUAGUCCGUGCCAGUUCUUGGCUCUAAAUCUUCACUGUCACCGUCGUUGCAGGAGCGUGUCCUCGCUGUCCGCUGUACAGUUUGCCGCCUGUUCGGUUUCUACUUGCGCAAGAUCAAUUAUGACUCGGCUAACCCGUGAAACUCAGGCCCGGGCCAACAUUGAGCUGGGCGACGUAACGCACCAUAAUCUGAAGCAGCUGAAAAAGAUCAACACGGUCGUGCUGCCGGUAUCGUACAACGAUAAAUUCUACCUGGACGUGCUGGAAUCGGGCGAGCUGGCUAAGCUCGCGUACUACAACGAUGUCGUGGUCGGUGCCGUCUGCUCCCGCAUCGAUACGUCGGAAAACAUGCGCCGGCUGUACAUCAUGACGCUCGGGUGCCUUUACCCUUACCGGCGGCUCGGCAUCGGUACCGUGAUGGUGCAGCACAUCCUGAACUGUGUCGAGCGGGACGGUAACUUUGACAGCAUAUUCCUGCACGUGAAGGUGGACAACAAGGGUGCGAUCGAGUUUUACAAACGGUUCGGGUUCGAAAUAGUCGAAACGAAACAGCACUACUACAAACGGAUCGAACCGGCCGAUGCGCACGUGCUGCAGAAAACGCUCACGAAGAAGGCGGCGGUGGCGGCCGCCGCAGCGAACAGCAAUCCCUCGCACCAUCAUCACCACAGUUCCGAAGCGGAGGAACACCACCGUCAGCAUGAGGUUGGCAAUGGGGAGAGCCACGAGACGCCGGCCGACGGUGCCGCUGCCCGGGAUGCGGCGGCCAACGCGAACGUUAACAACAAUCAUUCGAGCAUUCAAAACUCGACCACACAACAAACGCCGCAAGCAGCGGAAAAGAACCGAUAAAGCGUCGGGACGGUGGUGGUUAACGUCUCGCGAGAACCAUUUGUCCCCCGUGUCCUUCAGCGCCGGCCGCGUAUGGAAAUCAUCGAACUUGUGUGUGUGUGUGGCGUUACCAUGAGAUGUCCUUUCGCGCGCUGGUCGAUGAUGGUGAUGAUGAUGAUGCUGAGUGUCACGCUAUUCGGAUAGCGGAUUCGUUCUAUUUGUUAAAUUGUACAUGCAACGAUCUUUGCUACGAAAGAGAGCUUCAUUUGCCCCACCCAAAUCAUCCUUCCCAGUUCCAUCCAUCCAACCCUGUUACGCCCUGUGUUCUUUCUCGUGUACCGCCUGUUUCGGUUUUCCCCGGUGUUGAAAGUUGUUUAUAUGAGUGUGCGCGCGUGUGUGUAUGUCCGUCUCCGAUAAACUCGAGUUCCUGUUCCCCACCCUCCGCUUACGUGAGCGACUUGGUUUGUGUUUCUGUUGUAGCACUCAUCUUAAGUAGUUAAGCGAAAUAGUAACGUAACGAUUGCCCCCGGAACCACAAAGUGAACGCAAAAACACAUCUAAACGAACCUUACUUUAGGACGAAUAAAGUUUAUCACUUUAACGUACAGUGAUCGUAGUGAA